AUGACGGGCAAUGAUUCUUCAAAUGAUGUUGCUAUUCGAUUUUUGAAGAGACGAUUUAGAGAAAAGGAGAAUGGUCUCAUUUUAGAUGGGAAGUUUUUACAUAUAAGAUGUUGUGCUCAUAUUGCAAACUUGAUUUUAACUGAAGGAUUAAAAGAGAAACAUGAUUCAAUUGCUAGCAUUAGACAUGUUGUAAGAUAUGUUAGGUCUUCUCCCACUAGGCUCAAAAGGUUUAAAGAAGUUGUCGUAGAAGAAAAAAUUGAAUGCAAACGACUUCUCUCUUUAGAUGUCCAAACGAGGUGGAACUCCACAUAUCUCAUGCUUAGUUGUGCAUUAAGAUUCCAAAAGGCAUUUGAAAGUUUACUGUCAAAUACAAAUUUCGUGAAGUAUUUUGAGGAGGUUGACAAAGAUGACAAGUACUUUAUUGAAAUAUGUAAUAUGCAAUGCACUUUGUAUAGAAUGACAGUUGAGGAGGAUGACCCAUUGUUAGCGAAUAUGGCACAGAGCAUGAAGGUGAAAUAUGACAAAUACUGGGGAAAGAUUGAAGAAUGUAAUGAGGCCCUUAUAAUUGCCUUGGUUCUUGACCCAAGAUACAAACUCAAAAAUGCAUCCAAGUACAAGAUCUUGUCAACCAUUGCUCGUGAUGUGUUAGUCAUAUCAGUUACAACUGUUGCUUCUGAGGCUGCCUUUUCGACUGAUGAGAUCACAGGUGAUACUACAACUGCUGUUGCUAGUGGUAGUGAAAAUGUUUCCGCUUCGCCUUCUGCUUCUAUUAAUGCUCCAUCUACAACCACAUAUGUUGCACAAGGAAUUGAAUGA